AUGGACUACAUUAGGAAGACCACCAAACAAUCUCAGGAGGCUAUCGCUACUGAUACCACGAUACAACGAACAGCGCGGUACAGCGCAAAGGCUGUUCGCGCUUUCCCGUCGGUGGCCGGACAGUACCUCCUUGACAGGGUGCCCGUCGUUCACUGGCUCCCCAAGUACAACAUAAGAUGGCUCCUUAACGACACUCUUGCUGGUAUCACCGUUGGCGUUUUGCUGAUCCCGCAAUCUUUGGCGUAUGCAAAGAUUGCAACGAUACCCGGCCAGUUUGGGCUCAUGUCCAGCUGGCUGCCCAACUUCCUGUACUUUAUUAUGGGGACGUCAAAAGAUCUAUCAACGGGUCCUACUUCUCUCAUGGGACUUCUCACGGCUGAGAUCAUUCACGAUGUAUCUAAGGAAGGACACACACCUCAAGCUAUAGCCUCGGGCGUUGCCAUGUCCGUUGGCAUAUACUCGCUCGUUAUCGGCCUCCUCAAGCUCGGAUUCCUUCUUGAGUUUAUCUCCGUACCCGUUUUGAGUGGAUUUAUCUCUGCCGCAGCCAUAGUCAUCAUGUUGGGCCAGAUCCCGUCAUUGUUCGGUAUUACUGUUCGAAGUGGCACAGCAAACAUCAUCCACGACCUCUUCGCAAAGAUCCCGCAAUACGAUGGCCCAACCUGUGGCAUUGGUCUCGGUGGCAUUGUACUUCUUGUUGCUAUGCAAAAGGUAGGGCAGCGCUGGGGCAGCAAGAGCAAGGCGAUUUGGCUACUAGCUCUCGGUCGAAGUGCAGUAGUGCUUGUCCUCUUCACUGGCAUCUCAUACGCUGUCAACAAAAACAGAGUGGAUGACCCGGUCUGGGCUCUGAGCAAGGUCAAAUCUGAUGGCAUCGAUACACCACGGAUGCCUACAUCCCAGCUCAUCCAGAAGGUGUUCCCGCGCUCGAUUGCGCCUUUCAUCGCAGCAUCAAUUGAGCAUCUAGCUAUCGCUAAAGCAUUCUCUCGGAAGAAUGGCUACGUCGUCGACCCCGCACAAGAGCUAGUUUAUCUUGGCUUCACCAACUUCUUCAACUCUUUCUUCUCGUCAAUGGCAGUAGGAGGCGCCAUGUCUCGUACAGCUGUCAACUCUGACGCUGGUGUGAAAUCUCCUGCCUAUGGUCUUAUCGCUGGUGGAGUCGUCAUCCUCUCCAUAUUCAAGCUCAGCCCAGCGCUAUUCUGGAUCCCCAAGGCGACUCUAGCCGCCAUCAUUGUCACGGCCGUGUGGCACAUCGUCGUUCCACUCAGAGUCUUUUACGGAUACUGGAGGACUUCACUCGUCGAUUUCAUCACUUCCAUGCUUGCUUUCUGGCUCACACUUUUCCAAUCCUCUGAAAUUGGUAUCGGCGCCGCGGUCGGCUUCAAUAUCGCUUACCAACUAGUCUUCAAGGCGUUCCACCGCGUCCGUCGUGUUACAACUAUCGACAUUCAGUCCAACACCCUGCCCGCUGGUGUUCAGACUAUACCCCUCGACACACAAGUCUUCCGCAUCCACCAAUCCAUUCUCUUCUACAAUGCAUAUCGCAUUAAGAACCAAUGCCUCGAUGCGGUUCAAACCUACAACUCCGGCGAUGUCCAGACCCUCGAGGCGCAACAUGCGAACCGCAACUGGAGUGUCGCUGGCGACCGCCGUGCAUCUCGCCUGCGCACCAAGGCCGAGAUCUUGGAAGAGCCUGUACAAAUCCGCGCCGUAAUCCUCGAUAUGACAUGCGUCUACAACAUCGACACAACCGGUCUCAGCGCACUGAAGGACCUGAAAGCCGACGUUGAGAAGUUUGGAGGUAAGAACACGCAGCUCCGACUCGUGGGUCUCCAGGAUCGCGUCAGGGAACGCUUUGCGAGAUUCGGCUGGGCGGUCCAAGAUGCUAGUGACGCUAGCAAGAAGGACGACAAGGCUACUAUGGUGUUUGAUACUGUUGAGGAAGCGGUGUUUAGGCGGGUGCGUACUGAUACGGGCGAUGAGAUUACGCCAGUUGAUAUUCACAUUGUUGGGUCUGAGAAGGAGAAGGUUUGA